CAACAAGCACAGCCAGCCCAGAACGCUAUGAAUCUGCAGUGUACUUGAGAUCGCUGUUGACCCAGGUUUUGCAAUGACAGAGGGCACAACCUCAGGGGCACACAGUGCUUCUGGAAUGAUGGAUGAUACCAUUGUCCUCAAGCGUCGUGGAUACAUAAUGGGCAUAAAUUUGGGAGAGGGUUCCUAUGCAAAAGUCAAAUCUGCUUACUCUGAGCGCCUAAAGAUCAAUGUAGCAGUUAAGAUCAUUGAUAGGAAGAAAGCCCCAACAGACUUCCUGGAGAAAUUCCUUCCUCGGGAAAUCGAGGUUAUGGCCAUACUAAACCAUCGUUCCAUCAUCAAGACCUACGAGAUCUUCGAGACAUCGCAGGGCAAAGUCUACAUUGUCAUGGAGCUUGGGGUUCAAGGUGACCUCCUCGAGUUCAUCAAAACCCAGGGGGCCCUGCAAGAGGAUGAUGCACGCAAGAAAUUCCAGCAGCUCUCCUCAGCCAUCAAGUACUGCCAUGACCUGGACAUUGUCCACAGAGACCUCAAAUGUGAAAACCUUCUUCUUGACAAGGACUAUAACAUCAAAGUGUCAGAUUUUGGCUUCUCUAAACGUUGCAUGCGGGAUGACAGUGGUCAGCUAGCACUUAGUAAGACCUUCUGUGGGUCAGCGGCAUAUGCAGCCCCUGAGGUGUUACAGGGCAUCCCCUACCAGCCCAAAGUGUAUGACAUCUGGAGCCUGGGUGUGAUCCUCUACAUCAUGGUCUGUGGCUCCAUGCCCUAUGACGACUCCAACAUCAAGAAAAUGCUACGCCUCCAGAAGGAGCACCGCGUCAACUUCCCACGCUCCAAGCACCUGACCAGCGAUUGCAAAGACCUCAUCUAUCACAUGCUGCAUCCUGAUGUACACCGGCGACUGCGAAUAGAUGACAUCCUCAGCCACAGCUGGGUGCAGCCCAAGGCACUGAAUCAAGCUUCUGCAGCCCCAGCCCUAGGGGAGAGCUCCCGGAGCACUGAGCCCCCUCGGACUCCUGAACCUACCUCUGGCAAGAAGACUCCCACCAAGUCUGAGCCUAAGGAAGAGGCAAAGCCUGCAGCAGGACCUGAGGCACAGCCUGAGACAAAACCAGAGAGUAAGAUGCCAGAGGCCAGGCAGCAGGAGGCUGCGGCCUUCCCCAGCCUGCACCAAGUCCAGGAACCACAGGAGGGUUCAUCCCAGCAGCCUGCAGAGCAGGCCACCCAGUGAGCCCCCUGCAGUCCAAGCAGAGCUGAUGGACUGAGCCCUGGGCCUGAAAGAAGGUGAAGAAUGAGCUCCUACUUUGUCAGUUCUUCUCCCUCCACUUGAAUUUGAUACCUUAAAUGGCUACAGAUAUAAUAAACCAUUGUG